AUGGGUAAUAUCCACCUAAUGGAGGGAGAGAAACAGAUGGUUAAUACCACCUAUGUGGUGAGAGACAGAACCUAUGGUGUUAUAUCAACCUAAGUGGGAGAGAGACAACACUAUGGUUUAAUAUCAACCUAAUGUGGUGAGAGACAGCACUAUGGGUUAAUAUCCACCUAAUGUGGUGAGAGACAACACUAUGGGUUAAUAUCCACCUAAUGUGGUGAGAGACAACACUAUGGGUUAAUAUCAACCUAAUGUGGUGAGAGACAACACUAUGGGUUAAUAUCAACCUAAUGUGGUGAGAGACAACACUAUGGGUUAAUAUCAACCUAAUGUGGUGAGAGACAACACUAUGGGUUAAUAUCAACCUAAUGUGGUGAGAGACAACACUAUGGGUUAAUAUCAACCUAAUGUGGUGAGAGACAACACUAUGGGUUAAUAUCAACCUAAUGUGGUGAGAGACAACACUAUGGGUUAAUAUCCACCUAAUGUGGUGAGAGACAACACUAUGGGUUAAUAUCAACCUAAUGUGGUGAGAGACAACACUAUGGUUUAAUAUCAACCUAAUGUGGUGAGAGACAACACUAUGGGUUAAUAUCAACCUAAUGUGGUGAGAGACAACACUAUGGGUUAAUAUCAACCUAAUGUGGUGAGAGACAACACUAUGGGUUAAUAUCAACCUAAUGUGGUGAGAGACAACACUAUGGGUUAAUAUCAACCUAAUGUGGUGAGAGACAACACUAUGGGUUAAUAUCCACCUAAUGUGGUGAGAGACAACACUAUGGGUUAAUAUCCACCUAAUGUGGUGAGAGACAACACUAUGGUUUAAUAUCCACCUAAUGUGGUGAGAGACAACACUAUGGGUUAAUAUCCACCUAAUGUGGUGAGAGACAACACUAUGGGUUAAUAUCCACCUAAUGUGGUGAGAGACAACACUAUGGGUUAAUAUCCACCUAAUGUGGCGAGGGGACUACAGCCUGGCCCUCUUCAACCACAUUCAAGGUCCGUCUUGAUUACUCACUGAGUCGUUUGAGUGCCUCCACGGUGAUCUCUGGGUCUCCGCAAACUCUCUUCUCCACUUCCUGCCAGGUCAGCAGAUCCAACACUGCCUGGGGGACGACCUUCACCAGCCCCGCCUGCAUGGCACAGAUCUGGAACACAAAACACACACUUUAUGGUGAGACACCAUCUCCCUCCACACAAGCCAACCCAGACCUGCAUGAGGGCAGGUCAACACUCUCAUCAGCCCCCCCCGUCCCACCUGGUGUCUGCUCUCCUCCAGACGUGCCUUCUGUACCAGGUGAAUGAACUCCCUGCGGUCACGGUACCGUACCACCUGGUUGCUGCCCCCUGGUAGCAGCUCUACCAGUCUGCCGUCACUCAGCAAGGUGGUGUACACCAGCUCCUCUCCGAACUUAAAGUCAAAUGUCUCCUGGUCCAUUACCUCCAUCGCCUCCAGCAGCUUCACCUAUAGAGACACAGAGGAGAGUAACAUAGGACAGAAGCAGUGAGCAAACUAACUAACAUUUUAAAAACAGACGUCGGGAAUCACAUUAUCCAAUGCAUUGUCAGAAUAUUGCAACUAGUGAUUGUAUCGCCUAUAGAACAGAUACAAGCUUCAGGCUGAAAAGGUUUGUGGACUGAAUCCUAACUUGAGUUCUGCCAUUUUCACAGUUUUAUCUUUCACCUCAAUGUAUGAUUUACCCUCAAGUCAGUUAUGAUGUUGUGAAAGUUGUAGACGUGACAACAGGGCAGGGCAGUGCUCACCAGGACAGAGUCAACAGCAGGGAAGUCUUUGCUCCAGCUCACUGCCUCCCCUGUUAACUGUUUCCACACCAGACCAGGCAGAGCCAGCACCAGGAAGUCCUUUCCUCGGAGAGCGGCUCCCAUCAGCUGUCCGAUCCACUCAAACUUGUGGAACUCUCUGCAGGACGGGUUGGGAACAUAGUGGUCUCUGGCCUCACCGGUUCCCUGGGAGCAGAAAACUAACUGAAGAUCAUGUACUACUAACCUUCCCCUGGUUGUACUACUAACCUUCCCCUGGUUUCACUAUUAGCCUUCCCCUGGUUGUAAUACUAGCCUUCCCCUGGUUGUAAUACUAGCCUUCCCCUGGUUGUAAUACUAGCCUUCCCCUGGUUGUAAUACUAGCCUUCCCCUGGUUUCACUACUAGCCUUCCCCUGGUUUCACUACUAGCCUUCCCCUGGUUGUAACUAGCCUUCCCCUGGUUGUACUACUAACCUUCCCCUGGUUGUACUACUAACCUUCCCCUGGUUGUAAUACUAGCCUUCCCCUGGUUGUAAUACUAGCCUUCCCCUGGUUGUAACUAACCUUCCCCUGGUUGUAAUACUAGCCUUCCCCUGGUUUCACUACUAGCCUUCCCCUGGUUGUACUACUAACCUUCCCCUGGUGGUCCUACUAGCCUUCCCCUGGUUGUAAUACUAGCCUUCCCCUGGUUUCACUACUAGCCUUCCCCUGGUUUCACUACUAGCCUUCCCCUGGUUUCACUACUAGCCUUCCCCUGGUUUCACUACUAGCCUUCCCCUGGUUUCACUACUAGCCUUCCCCUGGUUUCACUACUAGCCUUCCCCUGGUUGUAAUACUAGCCUUCCCCUGGUUGUACUACUAACCUUCCCCUGGUUUCACUACUAGCCUUCCCCUGGUUUCACUACUAGCCUUCCCCUGGUUUCACUACUAGCCUUCCCCUGGUUUCACUACUAGCCUUCCCCUGGUUUCACUACUAGCCUUCCCCUGGUUUCACUACUAGCCUUCCCCUGGUUUCACUACUAGCCUUCCCCUGGUUUCACUACUAACCUUCCCCUGGUUGUACUACUAACCUUCCCCUGGUUGUAAUACUAGCCUUCCCCUGGUUUCACUACUAGCCUUCCCCUGGUUGUACUACUAACCUUCCCCUGGUUGUACUACUAACCUUCCCCUGGUUGUACUACUAACCUUCCCCUGGUUGUACUACUAACCUUCCCCUGGUUGUAAUACUAGCCUUCCCCUGGUUUCACUACUAACCUUCCCCUGGUUUCACUACUAACCUUCCCCUGGUUGUACUACUAGCCUUCCCCUGGUUUCACUACUAGCCUUCCCCUGGUUUCACUACUAGCCUUCCCCUGGUUUCACUACUAGCCUUCCCCUGGUUGUAAUACUAGCCUUCCCCUGGUUUCACUACUAGCCUUCCCCUGGUUUCACUACUAGCCUUCCCAUGGUUUCACUACUAGCCUUCCCCUGGUUGUAAUACUAGCCUUCCCAUGGUUUCACUACUAGCCUUCCCCUGGUUUCACUACUAGCCUUCCCCUGGUUGUACUACUAACCUUCCCCUGGUUGUACUACUAACCUUCCCCUGGUUGUACUACUAACCUUCCCCUGGUGGUCCUACUAACCUUCCCCUGGUUGUAAUACUAGCCUUCCCCUGGUUUCACUACUAACCUUCCCCUGGUUUCACUACUAACCUUCCCCUGGUUGUACUACUAGCCUUCCCCUGGUUUCACUACUAGCCUUCCCCUGGUUUCACUACUAGCCUUCCCCUGGUUUCACUACUAGCCUUCCCCUGGUUUCACUACUAGCCUUCCCCUGGUUUCACUACUAGCCUUCCCCUGGUUUCACUACUAACCUUCCCCUGGUUGUACUACUAACCUUCCCCUGGUUGUACUACUAGCCUUCCCCUGGUUGUACUACUAGCCUUCCCCUGGUUUCACUACUAGCCUUCCCCUGGUUGUACUACUAGCCUUCCCCUGGUUUCACUACUAGCCUUCCCCUGGUUUCACUACUAGCCUUCCCCUGGUUUCACUACUAGCCUUCCCCUGGUUGUAACUAACCUUCCCCUUGUUGUAAUAUUAGCCUUCCCCUGGUUGUAACUAAUCUUCCCCUGGUUGUACUACUAGCCUUCCCCUGGUUGUACUACUAACCUUCCCCUGGUUGUAAUACUAGCCUUCCCCUGGUUUCACUACUAACAUUCCCCUGGUUGUAUUACUAGCAUUCCCCUGGUUUCACUACUAGCCUUCCCCUGGUUGUACUACUAGCCUUCCCCUGGUUUCACUACUAGCCUUCCCCUGGUUGUAACUAAACUUCCCCUGGUUUCACUACUAACCUUCCCCUGGUUGUACUACUAGCCUUCCCCUGGUUGUAACCAACCUUCCCCUGGUUGUAACUAACCUUCCCCUGGUUUCACUACUAGCCUUCCCCUGGUUGUAACUAACCUUCCCCUGGUUUCACUACUAGCCUUCCCCUGGUUGUAACUAACCUUCCCCUGGUUGUACUACUAGCCUUCCCCUGGUUGUACUACUAACCUUCCCCUGGUUUCACUACUAGCCUUCCCCUGGUUGUACUACUAACCUUCCCCUGGUUUCACUACUAGCCUUCCCCUGGUUGUAACUAACCUUCCCCUGGUUUCACUACUAGCCUUCCCCUGGUUGUACUACUAACCUUCCCCUGGUUUCACUACUAGCCUUCCCCUGGUUGUACUACUAACCUUCCCCUGGUUGUAAUACUAGCCUUCCCCUGGUUGUAACUAAACUUCCCCUGGUUGUACUACUAGCCUUCCCCUGGUUGUACUACUAACCUUCCCCUGGUUGUACUACUAGCCUUCCCCUGGUUGUAACUAACCUUCCCCUGGUUGUACUACUAGCCUUCCCCUGGUUGUACUACUAGCCUUCCCCUGGUUGUACUACUAACCUUCCCCUGGUUUCACUACUAACAUUCCCCUGGUUGUAACUAGCCUUCCCCUGGUUGUAAUACUAGCCUUCCCCUGGUUGUAAUACUAGCCUUCCCCUGGUUGUAACUAACCUUCCCCUGGUUGUAACUAACCUUCCCCUGGUUGUAACUAACCUUCCCCUGGUUUCACUACUAGACUUCCCCUGGUUUCAGUUGACACCACUUCUUCCAAAUAACAAACAUUUAGCAAAGUACGAAAACAAUGAAUCCUCAUAUUUCAGUAUUGAACCCACAUGGGUAAAAAUGGGUCUGGGCUGGAGAGAACAGUAGUAGGAUUCAUUACCUGGUUAGUUGUAAAGGAGGUAGAGGUUAGGGUUAGUUACCUGGUUAGUUGUAAAGGAGGUAGAGGUUAGGGUUAGUUACCUGGUUAGUUGUAAAGAAGGCAGAGGUUAGGGUUAGUUACCUGGUUAGUUGUAAAGGAGGUAGAGGUUAGGGUUAGUUACCUGGUUAGAUGUCCUGGUGAAGAAGGGUAAGGGCAGAAGACAUUCAGCUGAACUGGGACACAGCUCUUCAGACAUGUCUGCCAGACUGUCUCUAAAGCCACCGCCUUGGUCAAUGAUGCCCUCCGCUAUGAAUUUACACUCCCACCACUGGUCAUAGCGCGCUGGCCAUCUGAUCAACAACAACAUCAUAUUCAUUGCUGGUUUAUUUUCCUGACAACUUGGAAGUCUGUUAGGUAAGGCUUAUUAUAAAAAGAGAAAUCAUUCUAGAAUGCGGGAAUGGGCAAAAAGCGAGAGAAAACAGUCCUUAGCAAAACUCAAAUUUCGGUCACCGACUCUGGGUUAACCACCAAUCUAUACACUAUUCCCCAAACACAACAACACCCCACCCACCCCAUACAAACCACACACAAAACACCCCCCAACCACAAACACAUCUCACCCCCACCAAACCCAACACAACACUCAUCUCCCCCCCCACCCACCCCCACCCACCACACCCCCACACCACACCACCACCCCCCCCACACUCCAACCCCACCCCACACCCCCCCCACCACCCACCCCCCACCCACCCCCCCCCACCCCCCCCCCCCUCUCCCCCCCCCCCCCCCACCCCCCCCUCUCCCCCCCCCCCCUCCCCCCCCCCCCCCCCCUCCUCCCCCCCACCCCCCCCCCCCCCCCCCCCCCCCCCCCCCACCCCCCCCCCCCCACCCCCCCCCCCCCCCCCCCCCCCCCCCCCCCACCUCUCCACCCCUCCACCCCCCCCUAGCACCCACCCAUCUCCCCACACACCACCCCCACCAUCUCCCCAACACCCCCUCAUCCCCCCACCAACACACACCAUCUCCCCCACCCACACACCACCCACACUCAUCCCCCCCAACCCACACCCACACACACUCACCCCCACACACACACACACACCACCCCACCACACCCACACCACACUCAUCUCCCCACACCACCACACCACCCCCAACCACACACACACACUCAUCUCCCCACCACACACACACACCCCACCAUCUCCCCCAACACCCCCACCACACACACAUCCCCACACCACACACACCACACCCCACCACACCACCCACACACACAUCUCCCCAACACACACACCACACACCAUCUCCCCCCCCACACCACUCAUCUCCCCACAACCACCCUCAUCCCCCAACACACACACACACACUCUCCCCCACCACCACAUCUCCCCCCACACCACACUCCCCCCAACCACCACCUCCCCCCACACACACACUCAUCUCCCCCACACACACACAUCUCCCCCACCACACCCCACCAUCUCCCCAACACCCACACCUCUCCCCACACACCACUCAUCCCCCAACACACUCCAUCUCCCCAACACCACACCAUCUCCCCAACCCACACUCAUCUCCCCAACACACACCAUCUCCCCCCCACACACUCAUCUCCCCAACACACACACCAUCUCCCCCCCCACACACCCAUCUCCCCCCAACACACUCAUCUCCCCCCACACCACUCAUCUCCCCCCACACACUCAUCUCCCCCACACACUCAUCUCCCCCACACACUCAUCUCCCCCAACCCCACAACACCAUCUCCCCAACACCACUCUCUCCAACCCCACACACUCAUCUCUCCCCACACACUCAUCUCCCCCCCACACUCAUCUCCCCAACACACACUCAUCUCCCCAACACACUCAUCUCCCCAACACACUCAUCUCCCCAACACACACAUCCCCCCAACACACACCCCCACACUCAUCUCCCCCACACACAUCUCCCACACACACUCAUCUCCCCCACACACUCAUCUCCCCACACACACAUCUCCCCCCACACACUCAUCUCCCCAACACACCAUCUCCCCACACACACAUCUCACCUCCCCCCACACACUCAUCUCCCCACCACACUCAUCUCCCCAACCACACUCAUCUCCCCACACACUCAUCUCCCCAACACACUCACUUCCCCAACACACUCAUCUCCCCCAACACACCCACACACCUCAUCUCCCCCACACACACAUCUCCCCAACACACACUCAUCUCCCCCACACUCACCCAACACAUCUCCCCACACACUCACUCUCCCCCACACACACAUCUCCCCACACACUCAUCUCCCCCACACCACACAUCUCCCCCACACACUCAUCUCCCCCACACCACAUCUCCCCACACACUCAUCUCCCCCACACACUCAUCUCCCCCACACACUCAUCUCCCCACCCCCACACACUCACCCCACACACACACUCAUCUCCCAACCCACUCAUCUCCCCAACACCACCAUCUCCCAACACCACACACACCAUCUCCCCAACACACAUCUCCCCCAACCCACUCAUCUCCCCAACACACUCAUCUCCCCACACACUCAUCUCCCCACCACACGUCAUCCCCCAACACACACCACACACUCAUCUCCCCAACACACACAUCUCCCCCACACACUCAUCUCCCCAACACACUCAUCUCCCCACACACUCAUCUCCCCAACACACUCAUCUCCCCAACACACACAUCUCCCCAACACACUCAUCUCCCCAACACACUCAUCUCCCCAACACCACUCAUCUCCCCAACACACUCAUCUCCCCAACACACUCAUCUCCCCCAAUACACACAUCUCCCCCCACACACUCAUCUCCCCCACCACACUCAUCUCCCCCACACACUCAUCUCCCCAACACACUCAUCUCCCCAACACACUCAUCUCCCCAACACACACAUCUCCCCCACACACACACAUCUCCCCCACACACUCAUCUCCCCCACACACUCAUCUCCCCACACACUCAUCUCCCCACACACACAUCUCCCCCACACACACCAUCUCCCCCAACACACUCAUCUCCCCACACACACAAUCUCCCCAACCACCCCACUCCCCAACACACCAUCUCCCCAACACACUCAUCUCCCCAACACACACAUCUCCCCCACACACCCACACCAUCUCCCCAACACACUCAUCUCCCCAACCACCUCAUCUCCCCAACACACUCAUCUCCCCAACACACUCAUCUCCCCACACACUCAUCUCCCCAACACACUCAUCUCCCCAACACACUCAUCUCCCCAACACACUCAUCUCCCCAACACACCUCAUCUCCCCAACACACUCAUCUCCCCACACACUCAUCUCCCCAUCAUCCCCCAACACACUCAUCUCCCCAACACACUCAUCUCCCCAACACACUCAUCUCCCCCAACACACUCAUCUCCCCCCAACACACUCAUCUCCCCCACACACUCAUCUCCCCCACACACUCAUCUCCCCAACACACACAUCUCCCCCACCACCAUCUCCCCAACAACUCAUCUCCCCAAUACACCAUCUCCCCCAAAGACACACAUCUCCCCCACACACUCAUCUCCCCCACACACUCAUCUCCCCCACACCUCAUCUCCCCCAACACCUCAUCUCCCCAACCCACUCAUCUCCCCAACACACUCAUCUCCCCAAACCACACAUCUCCCCCACACACUCAUCUCCCCCACACACUCAUCUCCCCCACACACUCAUCUCCCCAACACACUCAUCUCCCCAACACACUCAUCUCCCCAACACACUCAUCCCCCCCACUACCUGUGUGAAGACAGCGUUCUUAGCAGUAGGAUCCAGUGACGGGUUGUCUCUGUGCUCCAUGGCCAGUCUGCGGUUGAUAUAGAGCCGGGGCAUGAAGUUGGGCUUGCUGGUCUCCGAGUCCUUCAGACACUGUGUGAUCAGGGCCGAGCGACGCUUCGACAGCAGCAGGAACGGCUUGAUACUCUACAGCACAAAAAGGUCAAUGUACUUAAAUGUAAUAAUGCGCUUAAAAAAAAAAAAAAAAGGGAUGCUGCGAGAUUUCGGUCGUUUAUCUACUUACCCAGAGACAGACGAACUCAUGGAUACUAUCUGUAUGUCUCUGCGUGCAGUUUGGGGAUGAUUGAAGUUAGCGUGUCGUUAGCUUAGCGCAAUGGCUGGAAGUCUCCCGGUACAGUAGCCAGCUCCUCUCAAAGGCAGGGGAAUAAACUAUCUAACUACUCCUAAACUGGGUGGUUGGCCAUUUAUAGUCUUAAAAUGCUAUACAUAGUAAUCAACAUUUUAUACAUUUGUUAAUUUCACUGAUAAUCAUAAGAAACCAGAUUCUAUCCACAUCCUCAUUCUGUCCCAGUUGUCGAAGAGAUCGCAACGUUGUAGCCGUCUCAUGGCGAUGCCUGUGCGUAAAUGGGACAGAUACAACACUAUGAUCUCUAUUCAAAAUGGUCUCCAUGAGUUCAUCUGACUCUUGGGUAAGUAAAUAAACGAAAUCUCGCAGAAUCCCUUUAAAGAUGAUGAAAUUAAAAAGGGAGGACACCAGCAGAUUACAGACAUGACAUUCGUGGGGAAGUCCCUGUCGACCAGUGGUCUCCAACCCUGGUCCUGGAGAGCUAGUGCAGGGUGAGCAGGCUUUUGUUCCAGCCCAGCACUAGACGUACCUUGAUGUGGUUGAAGGUGGCCAGGCUGUAGUCCCAGGCUGGAACCAGGUGGGGCAGGAGACUGUCCAGCAGAGAGAUGAACCUGAGGACACACACAAGCUGAGUCACAACACCAACUGCCCAGACAGGGUUAGAGCCCCACAUCCAGACAUCCAUUGGCCAGACAGGGCUAGAGCCCCACAUCCAGACAGGGUUAGAGCCCCACAUCCAGACAGGGCUAGAGCCCCACAUCCAGACAGGGUUAGAGCCCCACAUCCAGACAGGGCUAGAGCACCACAUCCAGACAGGGCUAGAGCCCCACAUCCAGACAGGGCUAGAGCACCACAUCCAGACAGGGCUAGAGCCCCACAUCCAGACAUCCAUUGGCCAGACAGGGUUAGAGCCCCACAUCCAGACAGGGCUAGAGCCCCACAUCCAGACAGGGCUGGAGCCCCACAUCCAGACAGGGCUAGAGCCCCACAUCCAGACAGGGCUAGAGCCCCACAUCCAGACAGGGCUAGAGCCCCACAUCCAGACAGGGUUAGAGCCCCACAUCCAGACAGGGCUAGAGCACCACAUCCAGACAGGGCUAGAGCCCCACAUCCAGACAGGGCUAGAGCACCACAUCCAGACAGGGCUAGAGCACCACAUCCAGACAGGGCUAGAGCCCCACAUCCAGACAGGGCUAGAGCACCACAUCCAGACAUCCAUUGGCCAGACAGGGUUAGAGCCCCACAUCCAGACAGGGCUAGAGCCCCACAUCCAGACAGGGCUAGAGCCCCACAUCCAGACAGGGCUAGAGCCCCACAUCCAGACAGGGCUAGAGCCCCACAUCCAGACAUCCAUUGGCCAGACAGGGCUAGAGCCCCACAUCCAGACAUCCAUUGGCCAGACAGGGCUAGAGCACCACAUCCAGACAGGGCUAGAGCCCCACAUCCAGACAGGGCUAGAGCCCCACAUCCAGACAGGGCUAGAGCCCCACAUCCAGACAGGGCUAGAGCCCCACAUCCAGACAGGGCUAGAGCCCCACAUCCAGACAUCCAUUGGCCAGACAGGGCUAGAGCCCCACAUCCAGACAGGGCUAGAGCCCCACAUCCAGACAGGGCUAGAGCACCACAUCCAGACAGGGCUAGAGCCCCACACCCAGACAUCCAUUGGCCAGACAGGGCUAGAGCCCCACACCCAGACAUCCAUUGGCCAGACAGGGCUAGAGCCCCACAUCCAGACAUCCAUUGGCCAGACAGGGUUAGAGCCCCACAUCCAGACAGGGCUAGAGCCCCACAUCCAGACAGGGCUAGAGCCCCACAUCCAGACAGGGCUAGAGCCCCACAUCCAGACAGGGCUAGAGCCCCACAUCCAGACAGGGCUAGAGCCCCACAUCCAGACAGGGCUAGAGCCCCACAUCCAGACAGGGCUAGAGCCCCACAUCCAGACAGGGCUAGAGCCCCACAUCCAGACAGGGCUAGAGCACCACAUCCAGACAGGGCUAGAGCACCACAUCCAGACAGGGCUAGAGCCCCACAUCCAGACAUCCAUUGGCCAGACAGGGCUAGAGCCCCACAUCCAGACAGGGCUAGAGCACCACAUCCAGACAGGGCUAGAGCCCCACAUCCAGACAGGGCUAGAGCCCCACAUCCAGACAGGGCUAGAGCCCCACAUCCAGACAGGGCUAGAGCCCCACAUCCAGACAUCCAUUGGCCAGACAGGGCUAGAGCCCCACAUCCAGACAGGGCUAGAGCCCCACAUCCAGACAGGGCUAGAGCACCACAUCCAGACAGGGCUAGAGCCCCACACCCAGACAUCCAUUGGCCAGACAGGGCUAGAGCCCCACAUCCAGACAGGGCUAGAGCCCCACAUCCAGACAGGGCUAGAGCCCCACAUCCAGACAUCCAUUGGCCAGACAGGGCUAGAGCCCCACACCCAGACAUCCAUUGGCCAGACAGGGCUAGAGCCCCACAUCCAGACAUCCAUUGGCCAGACAGGGUUAGAGCCCCACAUCCAGACAGGGCUAGAGCCCCACAUCCAGACAGGGCUAGAGCACCACAUCCAGACAUCCAUUGGCCAGACAGGGUUAGAGCCCCACAUCCAGACAGGGCUAGAGCCCCACAUCCAGACAGGGUUAGAGCACCACAUCCAGACAGGGCUAGAGCCCCACAUCCAGACAGGGCUAGAGCCCCACAUCCAGACAGGGCUAGAGCCCCACAUCCAGACAGGGCUAGAGCCCCACAUCCAGACAUCCAUUGGCCAGACAGGGCUAGAGCCCCACAUCCAGACAUCCAUUGGCCAGACAGGGCUAGAGCCCCACAUCCAGACAUCCAUUGGCCAGACAGGGUUAGAGCACCACAUCCAGACAGGGCUAGAGCACCACAUCCAGACAGGGCUAGAGCCCCACAUCCAGACAGGGCUAGAGCCCCACAUCCAGACAGGGCUAGAGCCCCACAUCCAGACAGGGUUAGAACACCACAUCCAGACAUCCAUUGGCCAGACAGGGCUAGAGCCCCACAUCCAGACAGGGCUAGAGCACCACAUCCAGACAGGGCUAGAGCCCCACAUCCAGACAGGGCUAGAGCCCCACAUCCAGACAGGGCUAGAGCACCACAUCCAGACAGGGCUAGAGCACCACAUCCAGACAGGGCUAGAGCCCCACAUCCAGACAGGGCUAGAGCCCCACAUCCAGACAUCCAUUGGCCAGACAGGGCUAGAGCCCCACAUCCAGACAUCCAUUGGCCAGACAGGGAUAGAGCCCCACAUCCAGACAUCCAUUGGCCAGACAGGGCUAGAGCCCCACAUCCAGACAUCCAUUGGCCAGACAGGGUUAGAGCCCCACAUCCAGACAGGGCUAGAGCACCACAUCCAGACAUCCAUUGGCCAGACAGGGUUAGAGCCCCACAUCCAGACAGGGCUAGAGCACCACAUCCAGACAGGGCUAGAGCCCCACAUCCAGACAGGGCUAGAGCCCCACAUCCAGACAGGGCUAGAGCCCCACAUCCAGACAGGGUUAGAGCACCACAUCCAGACAUCCAUUGGCCAGACAGGGUUAGAGCCCCACAUCCAGACAGGGCUAGAGCCCCACAUCCAGACAGGGCUAGAUCCCCACAUCCAGACAGGGUUAGAGCCCCACAUCCAGACAGGGUUAGAGCCCCACAUCCAGACAUCCAUUGGCCAGACAGGGUUAGAGCCCCACAUCCAGACAUCCAUUGGCCAGACAGGGCUAGAGCCCCACAUCCAGACAUCCAUUGGCCAGACAGGGUUAGAGCCUCACAUCCAGACAGGGUUAGAGCCCCACAUCCAGACAGGGCUAGAGCCCCACAUCCAGACAGGGCUAGAGCACCACAUCCAGACAGGGCUAGAGCCCCACAUCCAGACAGGGCUAGAGCACCACAUCCAGACAUCCAUUGGCCAGACAGGGCUGGAGCCCCACAUCCAGACAUCCAUUGGCCAGACAGGGCUAGAGCACCACAUCCAGACAGGGCUAGAGCACCACAUCCAGACAGGGCUAGAGCCCCACAUCCAGACAGGGCUAGAGCACCACAUCCAGACAGGGCUAGAGCACCACAUCCAGACAUCCAUUGGCCAGACAGGGCUAGAGCCCCACAUCCAGACAGGGCUAGAGCCCCACAUCCAGACAGGGCUAGAGCCCCACAUCCAGACAGGGCUAGAGCCCCACAUCCAGACAGGGCUAGAGCACCACAUCCAGACAGGGCUAGAGCACCACAUCCAGACAGGGCUAGAGCCCCACAUCCAGACAGGGCUAGAGCCCCACAUCCAGACAGGGCUAGAGCACCACAUCCAGACAUCCAUUGGCCAGACAGGGUUAGAGCCCCACAUCCAGACAGGGUUAGAGCCCCACAUCCAGACAGGGCUAGAGCCCCACAUCCAGACAUCCAUUGGCCAGACAGGGUUAGAGCACCACAUCCAGACAUCCAUUGGCCAGACAGGGCUAGAGCCCCACAUCCAGACAUCCAUUGGCCAGACAGGGUUAGAGCCCCACAUCCAGACAGGGCUAGAGCACCACAUCCAGACAGGGCUAGAGCACCACAUCCAGACAGGGCUAGAGCCCCACAUCCAGACAGGGCUAGAGCACCACAUCCAGACAUCCAUUGGCCAGACAGGGCUAGAGCACCACAUCCAGACAGGGCUAGAGCCCCACAUCCAGACAUCCAUUGGCCAGACAGGGCUAGAGCACCACAUCCAGACAUCCAUUGGCCAGACAGGGCUAGAGCCCCACAUCCAGACAGGGCUAGAGCACCACAUCCAGACAGGGCUAGAGCCCCACAUCCAGACAUCCAUUGGCCAGACAGGGCUAGAGCACCACAUCCAGACAUCCAUUGGCCAGACAGGGUUAGAGCCCCACAUCCAGACAGGGCUAGAGCCCCACAUCCAGACAGGGCUAGAGCCCCACAUCCAGACAGGGCUAGAGCCCCACAUCCAGACAGGGCUAGAGCCCCACAUCCAGACAGGGCUAGAGCACCACAUCCAGACAGGGCUAGAGCCCCACAUCCAGACAGGGCUAGAGCCCCACAUCCAGACAUCCAUUGGCCAGACAGGGCUAGAGCCCCACACCCAGACAUCCAUUGGCCAGACAGGGUUAGAGCACCACAUCCAGACAUCCAUUGGCCAGACAGGGCUAGAGCCCCACAUCCAGACAUCCAUUGACCAGCAUUCAUCUUGGUAG